AUGCCCAAGAGAAAGGCUGAAGGGGAUGCUAAAGGAGAUAAAGCCAAGGUGAAGGAUGAAGCACAGAGAAGAUCUGCAAGGUUAUCAACGAAACCUUCUUCCCCAAAGCCAGAGCCCAAGCCUAAAAAGGCCCCUGCAAAGAAGGGAAAGGAGGUUCGCAGAGGGGAAAAGGGGAAGGCUGAUGCUGGCAAGGAUGGAAAGAACCCUGCAGAAAAUGGGGAUGCCAAAACAGACCAGGCACAGAAAGCUGAAGGUGCUAGACAUGCCAAGUGCAGUGUGUGCCUUUUUGAUAACUGUAUUAAGCUUAGAAUCGUCUCUUUAACUCAUGGUAAAGGGUGUCUUUUUCUGCGGACCUCUCCCAAUAUUUCCAGACUACAGUCUUCAGGCCAGAAUAGUGAGCCCCUGACUGAGAGAACUAUACCAUUACAGGGCAUGAUGCUUUUUGAAGAAGUGGCAGUGGACUUCACCUGGGAAGAAUGGCAGCACCUGGACGGGGAGCAGAGGAGCCUGUACAGGGAUGUGAUGCUGGAAACCUACAGUCACCUGGAGUCAGUGGGACAUUCAGUCAUCAAACCUGAACUGAUCAUCAGGUUGGAGGAAAGAGCAGAGCCAUGGAUGGUCAGUCCUCCAGUGCAGAGCCUCUCAGAUAUUCAGCCAGAGGAUGACUUGAUUGAACAUAAUUGGAAACAUCAGAGUCGAUAUUACUGGCAAGGGGUAAAGACCAAGAAGAAAGACACGGCAAAGCAGAGGAUGGACGUCAAAAACACUUCUAAUGUCAGCAAUACCUCCAUGUCAACGGCAGUGAUGAGUAAGGGAAUCCAUUCUACCCUGGCGCCUGAGAAGUCUCGUGGUAAUAAGAACAUAUCUCUGCCUGUUGAACAUGCUGAGGUGUCCCCUGUACAGAAACUUGAGGACUACAAAAAUCUCUUUAAAAUAUCUAAUAUUACUAAACAUCCAGAAAUGCAUGCAGGUGGAAAACAUCAUGAAUUUGAAACAGACAGGCAGCUUUCAAAGUUCAAUAAAUAUGAAAGAACAAAUGUUUUAGAGAAAAAGUAUGCCUGUAAAGACUAUGGCAAAACUUUAUUCAAACAAAAAAGACUCAUUGAACAUCAAAGAGUUCCCACAGGAGGGGAAUCCUAUGAAUGUCAAGAAUGUCAAAAAACUUUUUCUGGAAAACUAGGCUUCAUUCAGCACCAGAGACUUUGCAAAGGAGAAAAAUCCUAUGACUGUAAAGAGUAUAGGACAACUUUGUCACAGGAGUCACACUUCACUCACCAUAAGACAAUUCAUACAGGGAAGGAAGCCUUUGAAUGUAAGGAAUGUAGUAAAACUUUUUCAAGGAAGAAAAGCCUAACCAGACAUGAGAAAAUUCACACAGGUGUGAAACCCUACGAGUGUAAAGAAUGUAGAAAAACUUUCUCCACAAAGGCAUACCUCACUACCCACGAGAGAAUUCACACAGGACUGAAACCCUAUGAAUGUAAAGAAUGUAGGAAAACUUUCGCAAUGAAGGCAUACCUCACUACACAUGAGAGAAUUCACACGGGACUGAAACGCUAUGAAUGUAAAGAAUGUAAGAAAACUUUCUCAACAAAGACAUACCUCAGUACACAUGAGAGAAUUCACACAGGAGUGAAACCCUAUGAAUGUAAAGAAUGUAGGAAAACUUUCUUAACAAAGACAAAUCUCACUACGCAUGAGAGAAUUCACACAGGAGUCAAACCGUAUGAAUGUAGAGAAUGUACGAAAAGUUUCUCAACAAAGUUCCAGCUCAUAGCACAUGAGAGAAUUCACACAGGAGUGAAUCCCUAUGAAUGUAAAGAAUGUACGAAACGUUUCUCAACAAAGUUCCAGCUCAAAGCACAUGAGAGAAUUCACAUAGGACUGAAACCCUAUGAAUGUAAAGAGUGUAGGAAAACUUUCUUGAUGAAGGCAUACCUCACUAGACAUGAGAGAUUUCACACAGGAAUCAAACCCUAUGAAUGUAAAGAAUGUAUGAAAAGUUUUACAACAAAGGCAUAUCUCAUAGAACAUGAGAGAAUUCACACAGGAGUCAAACCCUAUGAAUGUAAAGAAUGUAGGAAAGGUUUCUCAACAAUGUCACAACUCAGAGCACAUGCGAGAAUUCACACAGGAUUGAAACCCUAUGAAUGUAAAGAAUGUAGGAAAACUUUCUCAAUGAAGGCAAGCCUCACUAAACAUGAAAAAAUUCACACAGGAGUGAAACCCUAUGAAUGUAUAGAAUGUAGGAAAAAUUUCUUAAGAAAGUCACAACUCAUAGCACAUGAGAUACGUCACACAGGAGUCAAACCUCAUGAAUGUAAAGAAUGUACAAAAAGUUUCCCAACAAAGUCACAACUCACUGAACAUGAGAGAAUUCACACAGGAGUGAAACCCUUUGAAUGUAAACAAUGUAUGAAAACUUUCUCAAGGAAGAAAAGCCUCCGUAACCAUGAGCGAAUUCACACAGGAGUCAGCCCAUAUGAAUGUAAAGAAUGUAGGAAAAAAUUCUCAACAAAGGCACAUCUCAUAGCACAUGAGAGAAUUCACACAGGAGUGAAACCCUAUGAAUGUAAAGAAUGUAAAAGAACUUUCUCUGUGAAGUCAAACCUCACUAGACAUGAGAGAAUUCACACAGUAGUGAAACCCUAUGAAUGUUGA